ACAAUCCAUCAUCAUUACCAUCUCACAUACACUAAGUUGUCAUUAGAAUUUAAAGAGCGGGAAGAGAAAAUGGUCGGACAACGACAGAGACAGGUUGGGAUUGCGGCCAUGACAGUGUUAUUGGUCAUGGUGAUGACAUCGUUGGUCAGCCGAAUGGCUCAGGCUCGGCCCCAACAUACAAUCAUUGUCGGUGACGAGGACGGAUGGGACAUGAUUAAUCCCAUGUACACUUGGACUGAAGGCAAGACGUUUUACGCCGGCGAUAUUCUUGUGUUCAACUACGACUAUCAGAGAAGCAACGUAUACGUAGUGAACCAAACGGCGUACGAGACAUGUAUACCGAACGAGGGAGCGACAUUAUACGAAUCGGGUCACGACAAAAUCCAACUCGUGUUCGGUGACAACUAUUUCAUCGGAGCAUAUUAUCCCGAAGAUUGCGCAGCUGGUCUCAAGAUGGCCGUCAACGCACUCGCUCCCUAGUCGUCAUCAAUCAUUUUAACUACUCAUUUUCAACAUCCCGCGUUUACUGCGAUCAAACAGAAUUUAAUUAUUUUAUAAUAAAAAUAAUAAAUUU